GAUGGAGCCUGAAUGGGAUAAGCUUAUUAUGGACUCUAUCAACAAAAACUACGUUGACAUGGACGAGUACCCCGUUACCACCGAGCUUCAGACCGUGAAGUCAGAAAGCUGGAAUAUAACUUUUCAGCUGAAACUCUUCCCUGUCUUAUGGUGCUUUGGUCAAUAUCAUAUCAAUUAAAAUUAACGAGCAUAUACAGAGGCCGUCAAUAGACUGGGAAUUUCUGCUUACAGAAGAUCUACGCAAACCAUGGGCAAUAAACGGUCUGCUGGGAGAUUUUGCAGCAAACCUUGUCUAUCUAUACCAUAUCAUUUUCAAACAAUUUUUUUUCAACAUCGAUCGCACAAUUUCUUGACGUGCUUAUUACCAAAUCGUGGGCUUGGACAAAUCAAAAUGUGUUUAAAUAAUAGAAUUGAUUUGACUGACACAAAAUUACUUGAUAUUUAUGUGCAGAAUCGCUGUGUGAACAUGAUAGCACACCUUUUCAAUGCUCCCUUAGGGGAGUCUGAGGCUGCUGUCGGGGUUGGCACUGUAGGAUCAUCAGAGGCAAUAAUGCUGGCUGGUCUUGCAUUCAAGAGAAAGUGGCAGAACAAGCGCAAGGCCGAAGGGAAACCCCAUGACAAGCCUAACAUUGUUACUGGCGCCAAUGUUCAGGUAUGCUGGGAGAAAUUUGCAAGGUACUUUGAGGUAGAACUGAAGGAGGUGAAGCUGACCGAGGACUACUAUGUAAUGGACCCAGCCAAAGCCGUGGAAAUGGUGGAUGAGAACACAAUCUGUGUUGCAGCCAUCUUGGGUUCUACACUCAAUGGAGAAUUUGAAGAUGUCAAGCUUUUGAAUGAUCUUUUGCUUGAAAAGAACAAAAUCACUGGAUGGGAUACCCCAAUUCAUGUUGAUGCAGCUAGUGGUGGAUUUAUUGCACCAUUCCUGUGGCCAGAGCUUGAAUGGGAUUUCAGACUUCCAUUAGUGAAGAGCAUCAAUGUCAGUGGCCACAAGUAUGGCCUUGUCUAUGCUGGGGUUGGGUGGGUUAUUUGGAGGAGCAAGGAAGACUUGCCAGAGGAACUUAUCUUCCACAUAAACUACCUUGGAUCCGAUCAACCCACUUUUACUCUUAACUUCUCAAAAGGUUCUAGUCAAAUCAUUGCUCAGUACUACCAACUAAUCCGCCUGGGCUAUGAGGGGUACCGAAAUGUGAUGGAUAACUGCCAUGAUAAUGCUAUGGUGCUAAAAGAAGGACUGGAGAAAACAGGGCGCUUUAAGAUUGUGUCAAAGGACAUUGGGGUGCCUCUCGUGGCCUUUUCACUCAAGGACCAAAACCGGGGAUACGACGAGUUUGAAAUAGCUGAAACGCUACGUCGCUUUGGCUGGAUUGUGCCAGCAUACACCAUGCCAGCAGAUGCGAAGCACAUUACAGUUCUUCGUGUUGUUAUCAGAGAAGAUUUCUCUCGCACCCUUGCUGAGCGACUUGUGCUUGACAUAACGAAGGUUAUGCAUGAACUUGAUGCCCUCCCUGCGAAGCCCUCAUCUAAAAUGUCUAUCAAUAGUGAAGAGAAUGGAAAGAUUAGUGGCUCUCUAAAAGGAAAGAAUGGCACUGUGGUCAAGAAAACAGCCAUGGAGACACAAAGGGAAAUCACUGCUUACUGGAAAAACUUUGUCAUGGCCAAGAAGUCGGACAAAAAUAAAAUAUGUUAGAUCUGCCUGGCUACUGCGUAGCCACAAAUCACAAUUUUCAUUGAGAAGGAUCCCUUCUUAAAUUUUUCAUGCUUUUUUUGAACUGACAUGAUAAAAUUGUUUGGUCUAAAUAUUUAGUCCUUUUUCUAGCCCUUCAUUUUUCCACGGAGGGAGUUUGUAAACCUUUACGGCAACUCUUUAACUGCAGUAUUUUACUGUUGCUUAAUUGCUUUAGUCUUC